AAAGUAAGACACAAACCAUACAGUACACAGUUAUAUUUCUUGGCUGCUACGGCACGACCAGACUCACUUGGUAAUCUGAAACCUAUCCCAUAGCAUGUGAACUGGUGAGAGGAAUGGAAAGUGAAAGUAUAAUGAGACAGGAAGUGCUGUUGGUGAACACUUCAUCUGUGUCACACGUCACUAAUCUCUCAAUAAUGGAGGAGUACCAGCAUUCACUGUUCUUUGAAGCCAAAGAUCUGACUGACAGAGAGAAAGAUAAGAUCAGGAGACACUUUCAGAGAAGACGGGACUCUGGUGGAGGUGAAUGUGGAGCCGUUGAAAGAGUUGGAAGGAGCAGUUAUAGGAUCGACUUUCAAGACAAAGAAGAUCAAGAGAGGGUCUUACAGAGAAAACUGCACAGGAUAUUACUUCCUGGUGGUGAGAUACAGCUGACUGUGAGACGGACCCAAAGUUCCAUUCAGCCCUCUGACUCAUUCAGCCCUCAGACGUCCACAGUCUCCACCAACAGAGACGUCCUUGAAAGAAGAAUUCAAGUUGCUCCUUUUCUCCUGAAAUAUCUCCUGGACAGCCAGAAGGCUUUCAGAAUCCUGCAGAAGAAAUUGUCAGCAGUGGACUGCACAGUUUUGCUCAAUUUCAUAGAAAAGACAGCCGUGAUCAGAAAGAAUAUCCAGAGCAGAACAGCUGGAGCAGCGUUUGUGGCUGAUGCAGCAACAUGGAGUGGACAGGUGGACAAAGUGUUCCACGGGCUGAUCGAGAGCUAUGUUUGCCAUCCUGUCGUGGAGCCCAGAAUGAUUCAGCUCCUCUCUCAGGACACUUCUAUUGUGAGGGAUGAUGUGAGAGUGUAUUUUGAGGCGAGUGAUGUUGUGCUAGUGGGAGAGACUGAUGCUGUGAAAGAGAAAGUGGCUCAUCUCAUGAAGAGUUUGCCGGCUCAAAAGAAAGUUCAUAUCCUGGAGCACCAAUUCAAAGUGGUUGAAGAGCAAUUUAACAGAGAAAUUAAAGUGCAGUGUCCGGGAGUUGAAAUAGUCAGGUGCACUGAAUCCAAUUCAGUUGUGCUUGAAGGCAAUGACGAAGACGUGGAGUCAGGAGCUGAGCUCCUGCAGGAGAUGAUUCAGAGGAUCAAAGCAAGACGUCUCAAGCUGUCUGAAUUUUUAUGGGACUUCUUAGUCUUCAGUGGGGCCGUCCUCAAGUACCAAGCAGUCUUUCUGUCCAAGUUAAGCAGUCCUGUUUUCAUUGAGGCUGGGAGCAGCAUUGUCUUAUCAAGCUUGUCUCCUGCUGCCAUGGAUGAGGCUGAAGCUGUUCUCAAGAGGGAGGUGAGUGAAGCCACCUUCACCGUCCAAGGAGCCGCGGCUGAACCAGCAAAUGUGGAGAGGUUGAGGGGCAUCUUGGAGAAGGCGGAGGACGCUGCAAACAGCAAAGACAUUAGAGUCAUGGUCAACUUCGGUCCUGCGUUUGGACCUCUGUCUGAAGUACGGCUGGUGGGCUACAGUACGAAUGUGAAGAACCUCCAAGAGGUUUUACAAGAUUUCCAAAGAACCAAAGUUCACACACAAGAAGAGGUGAAGCUGUCACACCCUGAGAUGGUUCACUGUUUCUCUGACAUCUUCGACAUGACCGGUUUGGACAAGACCAACCUGACACUGCAAGCCUCAAGCUACCCCUCCCCACGAGCUCUUCUGUCUGGACCAUAUCAUCUGGUGAAGGAUACCAAGGAGGCUUUGACCUUAUCUUUAGCUAAUAUCACCUUUGACGCAUUGGUCUUCGACAGUCCCGGAGCUCAACAGUACUUCAGUGGUGCUGGGAAAGACAGCAAAACACUAGUGGAGACCUCUUGUCAGGUUGUAAUCCGAGCUCAAGAAACUGCAGGCCCUAAACCGAGGCCACGCCAAACCAGAAGCCAAAACCUGAGCAGUGUUGGUGCCAGUGUCUUCUCCUUUGGAUCACUCUCUUCUCACACACACACUGUUGAGAGCUCGAACAGGACCAAACCAAGUCUUGAGAUCAAGUUGGGCAGUAUAGUGGACGAAGAGGUGAACGUGAUGGUUGUCCCUAUGAACAACAGGACACUCACUUCAACUAAAAUUGGCCAAUGUCUGCUGACAAAAGCCGGUCAGAUGAUCAAGUCACAAUUUGACUUGACGGCAGCUGGUUGUGGAUCUGCUGCUGGUUCUGUUAUGCAGAUUAAUGCCCCAGCUUUGCUGCGGUGCACGAAGAUCUUCUUCAUCGAAUGCGUCCGCUGGGAUGGGGCCAGUGGGCACAGCGUGAAGGGCCUUGCUCAGGGGCUGAGGAACUGCCUGGAUCUUUGUGCACAACAGGGCUUCUCAUCAGUGUCUUUCCCACUGAUUGGACCUGGUAUCUUACUGCAGUACCCAGUGAAAGAGGCGGUAAAAGUUCUGGCUCAGACCAUUAGGCGCUUUGAUUCACAGAGCACCUCCAAGUGUCUUUCAACUGUUCGAAUAGUCCUGGCUGCUGACUACCCAGACUCUGUAGAGCGCUAUCAGAACGUCUACAAACACUUCAGUGAAAAGACGGGUCGCGGUGCAGGCAUCAGAUCCGUCUCUGGUGACCUUGAUGACGUCACCUUUGCCGUAGGGGGCGGGCCAAAACUCCAGCUGAUUUUCGGCGACAUAACAAAUGAAACUACUGAUGCUGUUGUUCAAUUAAACCACAACGUGGCAGACUGGUUGCUCAGAGGAGACAUUUGCGAAACCUGGUCCACGUCAAUUCUGGGUAAACCUGUUCUACGUGUGCAUGAGGAACAUGACGCAAGAGGGAUUGAGGAUCUGAUGAAGAAGAUCAUCCAUCGCUGUGAGGCACAUGGAUAUAGAUCUGUGGCUAUUCCUUGCAUUUGCUCAGAUGAGAGAUGGCUGGAUUCUGCCACGUCAGCUCGUGCAAUGCUACAAGGAGUCCAGAUCGCCACAUCAGCAACUCCUCUCACCUGUCUCACCAACAUCCGCAUCAUUCUUGUCAAGAUCAAUGUCUUCCAAGUGUUUAAGAAGGAAGCUACGCAGAUGUUCUCCAGUGGUAUAAUAAACCAGGGAGCACAAUCCCAAAAGCAUCCUGUUCACAUGCCACAGUCUGGUCUCUCCACGCCCAGCGACCUGAGCAUCCUCUGGUCUGGUUCCCAAACUCCAAGGUCGACCUUCUUCUUCUUUGGUCUUUCCAGAGACAGUGUUGCCAGCGCCAAGUUGAAGCUGAAGAGCCUGCACGACACGCAGUUCUCCAGACAAGCAUUUAAAAAAUCAGAGUUUGAAUUCCUCACCAUGGAGGAGGCAGAGGAGCUAAAGGAGAUCGCGAAGAGCAGCGGCCUUCAUUUUGAGCUGGGCUCAACCGGCCAUGAUGUUGUGGUCAGUGGACUGAAGGAUUCUGUGGGCAAAGUAAUGCAGCUGCUCAAUGUGUCGCUCAGGAGGAAGGUGACGGUCAAGGAGGAGGCUGAUUUGUUCAACACGGUGGCCUGGUGCAUCCAGGGAAAUGACGGGAACUGGCAGAGACUGCCCAAAACGGCCAACCACAAACUGGAAAACAAGGACAUCCAGGACCUGAUGGAGGACGCACAAGGCAACAAGUGGAUGAUGGAUUUGAGUAAAAUGGAGGCUCGAGGUCAAUUCCUCACUGCAAAGCUGAAACGACUGGAGAACCUACCAGACUUCACUCUCCCUCUGUACUGGGAUGACAUGGAGGCUGAAAAAGAUCUGGCAAUGGUACUUUUGGAUCCGGCAUCGGCUGAGUACAGGGGAGUGGAAAAUGGAUUCAAACAAACAUGCAGGGAAAGUAUAAUAAAGAUAACACGAGUGCAGAAUGUUCAUUUGCGACGAGCUUACGAGGUGCAAAAGAGACGAAUAGCCGAGAAGAAUGGAGACGCGGGAGAAAAACUUCUGUAUCAUGGUACGACCCAAGACAGCUGUCACUCCAUUAUGAAGAACGGCUUUGACAGAGGCUACGCAGGGCAAAAUGGCACUUCUUAUGGUCACGGAUGCUACUUUGCCGUCAAAGCCAACUACAGUUCGUCCUACGCCAAGUCAAAAACUAAUGGGUCCAAAUUAAUGCUUGUGGCCCGAGUCUUGACUGGCAUCUACACAGUUGGCCACAGCACCAUGAAGGUUCCUCCACCUCGCAACCCCCUGCAGCCGAACGAGCUGUAUGACAGUUUGGUGGACAAUCAACACCAACCUGCUCUGUUUGUGGUUUUUCACGACAACCAAGCUUAUCCGGAAUACCUCAUUCAUUUCCGAUGAACGGCGAUGCAGAUCAUGUGAGGGUUUUUGUCUGCACUGUUUAGUCACUUCAGUUCCUUUGGGAGUCGAAAAAGAGAUCUACAAGUUUAUGGAGGAAACUCACGAGCCUGAAGACAUCGAGUUUGAAGCAGUGCAAAAAUGUUUUUAAUCUCCUGGUGAUAAAACUUAAUGUCAGCCAUUGUCUCUUUGUAUUUAUUUCCUUUUCACUUAUUUUGUCAUAUGGAACUUUAAAAACUUGAAAAAUGAUCAGUUGAAAUUUUAAAGACAACAAUAUAAAAAAGAAUAUUCAUCAUCUACAAUCAUUUUAGAGAUUAUUCUUCUG